AUGGAUCAUCAUGAAGUGUCUGCAAUUCUCAAUCACAGAAGUCAAGCAGCGUUGACGGCAGUCGUGGCUUGGAUGGGUACAUCUACAAUGAGCAAUAAUUCAAGUACUGAUGACACCUUGAUUAUCGGCAUCGUCGGCAGUGUAGUGGCAUUUAUCGCGAUCAUUAUCAUUACGAUUUGCAUCUGCCGAUUACGUUGGAGCAACCAAAUGCAAGAAGCAAGAAUUGCAGCGAUGGCAGCAUCUAGCAUUCACGAGGCAUCAAUGAUCAGGCCAACAAGUGCUUACUCGAGCAAAAUCAAUCCUCACGAUCUUUAUAUAAGUUCUUACAAUGGUUCGACUCUAGGACGCGGCGGUAAUAAUUCGAUCCCACCGGCCACUCCUGUGCAAAUGAUGCCUUAUGUGCAACCGAUACAUAUGAUGCACGCUAUGAGCCCAUCUCCGCCAUCUUCACAGCAAAUUUAUGGAUAUUAUGAUAAUUCAUCUCUCCCCAUAUACGAGUCAUCUUCAAAACAAAUUACUCAGCUAAAAUCAGAACUUGAAAACACGACGAGUAAAUUCAUUGUAGCUACAAAUGAGUUAGCAAGCCUUCGAAUGUCCUUGGAAAAAGAACAAUUAAGUAAUUCCUCUUUAUGUCUGGAACUAACGCAUCUACAAAAUAUUCUUGAGUCUGAACGAGCAGCAAUGACAGAGUUGCGAGUUUUUCUCGAAAAGGAAAGAGAUGAGAAGGAUAUUGCCUUGCUAAGGAAUGCUCAAAUGUCACAAGACAUAGAAAUUGUAAAACAAGAAAAUCGGCAACACAAGAUUGAAAACAUGGAAUUACAGAACAAAAUGGAAAAUUUGGAGGAUGAUCUAGCGGGUAAGAUGAAAGAAGCAGAACAGGUGAUAGUUACGUUAAAAGAAUUUGAGCAAAAAGUUAUGAAAUUAGAAGAAGCUGAACGAACAAGAGAAAAAUUGGAAGGAAAUGAAAGAAUACUGAAGAACAGCUUGUUAGAUCUGGAAGAGCAAUUAAGCGAAAAGAAUAAGACAAUCAAAGUUUUGCAGCAACGUUUAACUGACAUGAAGAAAACGCUUCAACGUGAAUUAAAGAUUCCAUCCUCUUCAUUAGAUAGCGACGUCGACGCUUCUGCUGCUAUUCUUAAUCUAAGUUCAUCCAAAACUGUCACUGCCAGACAUAAUAAUUCCAGAGAGGAUGAUGUUAAUUUUAAAUAUCUGAAGCAUGUUCUUAUAAAAUUUCUCACUAGCAGAGAAUAUGAGGUACAUAUUUAUUCUGAUAUAACUUAUAUACAUAGUGGAUUUAAAAAGUUCCGAGACUGA